AUGGCACCUCUCCCUAUCAAGUUCACAGAGCUGGUCAACUUGACCUCUGUCGGCAUUGCGCCGGUAUCAAUUGGCUUUACUUCAUGUACACUAGAAUCUGAUCACUACGUCUGUGUCCGCCAAAAGCUCGACGAAGAUGGCAAGCCCGAAGUCAUCAUUAUCGACCUCAAGAACAGCAAUGACGUUCUACGACGCCCGAUCAACGCGGACAGUGCAAUCAUGCACUGGAACAAGAACAUUAUCGCCCUGAAGGCCCAGGGACGCACCAUUCAGAUCUUCGAUCUUAGCGCGAGGCAAAAGCUCAAGUCAGCGGUUAUGAAUGAAGAUAUUGUCUACUGGAAGUGGUUCAGCGAUAAGUCUUUGGGACUGGUCACAGACUCCGCAGUUUACCACUGGGAUGUCUACGAUGCUACGCAGCAGAACCCCGUGAAGAUGUUCGACCGACUGCCCAAUCUUGCUGGUUGCCAAAUUAUCAACUACCGCGUUAAUACUGAGGAGAAGUGGAUGGUGGUCGUUGGUAUCAGCCAGCAGCAGGGCCGCGUUGUUGGAUCAAUGCAGCUCUACUCCAAGGAGCGCGGAAUCUCCCAGUUCAUCGAAGGCCAUGCCGCCUCUUUCGCCACUAUCAACGUUGAAGGCUCUCCCCUCCCUCACAGCCUCUUCACCUUCGCUGUCCGUACUCAAACCGGCGCCAAGCUUCAAAUCGCCGAAAUCGACCACCAAGAACCCAAUCCCCGCUUCCAGAAGAAGGCCGUCGAUGUGUACUUCCCUCAAGAGGCCGUCAACGAUUUCCCCGUCGCGAUGCAGGUGUCUAGCAAGUAUGACAUCGUGUAUCUCGUUACGAAAUAUGGCUUCAUCCACCUUUAUGAUCUCGAGACUGGCACUUGCAUUUUCAUGAACCGUAUCUCCAGCGAGACAAUCUUCACCACAUCACCAGAUUCCGAAGGUGCUGGUCUGGUCGGUGUCAACCGCAAGGGCCAGGUUCUGUCCGUCAGCGUGGACGAGACCACGAUUAUCCAGUACCUCAUGGAGAACCCCGCCAUGUCUGGUCUGGCUGUUAAACUUGCCUCGAAGGCCGGCCUUCCAGGUGCGGAUCACUUGUACCAGCAGCAGUUUGACUCCCUUAUGGCCUCUCAAGAUUAUACCGAAGCUGCCAAGAUUGCCGCCAACUCUCCUCGCGGUUUCCUCCGCACUCUGGACACUAUCAACCGUUUCAAGAGCGCUCCGCAGACUGGUCAGAUGUCCGUUAUCUUGCAAUACUUUGGUAUGCUGCUAGACAAGGGUUCGCUCAAUAGAUACGAAAGUGUCGAGCUUGUCCGACCUGUUUUGCAGCAGAACCGCAAGCACUUGCUUGAGAAGUGGAUGCAGGAGAAGAAGCUGGAGGGCUCGGAGGAGCUGGGUGAUAUCAUUCGGCCAUACGACAUGUCUCUUGCCCUGACCGUUUACCUCCAAGCUAAUGUUCCCCACAAGGUUGUCGCUGGAUUCGCCGAGACUGGUCAGUUCGACAAGAUUCUUGCAUACUCUAAGCAGGUUGGAUACCAGCCCGACUACACUCAGCUGCUUCAGCACAUCGUUCGCGUCAACCCCGAGAAGGGUGCCGAGUUCGCCACCCAGCUUGCUAAUGAAGAGAGUGGCGCUUUGGUUGACCUUGACCGUGUUGUUGAUGUGUUCCUCUCACAGAACAUGAUCCAGCAGGCCACUUCAUUCCUCUUGGACGCUCUCAAGGACAACAAGCCUGAGCAUGGCCACUUGCAAACUCGUCUUUUGGAGAUGAACCUCGUCAACGCACCGCAGGUCGCUGAUGCCAUCCUCGGAAAUGAGAUCUUCACACACUUCGACCGUCCUCGUGUCGCUCAGCUUUGCGAGAACGCCGGCCUCAUCCAGCGUGCCCUUGAGAACUCAGAUGACCCUGCUGUGAUCAAGCGCAACAUUGUUCGCACUGACAAGCUGAGCCCCGAGUGGCUCAUUAGCUACUUCGGCCGUCUGUCUGUGGAACAGUCUCUUGACUGCAUGGACACUAUGCUGGAAUCGAACAUCCGCCAGAACUUGCAAUCUGUUGUUCAGAUUGCCACCAAGUUCUCGGACCUUCUUGGUUCUAACCGUCUGAUCGACCUUCUGGAGAAAUACCGGACCGCUGAGGGUCUUUACUACUACUUGGGAAGCAUUGUUAACCUCAGCGAGGACCCUGAAGUUCACUUCAAGUAUAUUGAGGCUGCCACUGCUAUGAACCAGGUCACCGAGGUUGAGCGUAUUUGCCGUGAGAGUAACUACUACAACCCCGAGAAGGUAAAGAACUUCCUGAAGGAAGCCCGCCUGACCGAGCAGCUGCCUUUGAUCAUCGUUUGUGAUCGCUUCAAUUUCAUCCACGACCUGGUUCUGUACCUUUACCAGAACCAACAGUUCAAGUCCAUCGAGGUCUAUGUCCAGCGUGUCAACCCUAGUCGCGCUCCUUCUGUUGUUGGUGGCUUGCUCGACGUUGAUUGUGAGGAGAGCAUCAUCAAGAACCUGCUUUCAACCGUUGACCCAUCCGUCAUCCCCAUCGACGAGCUUGUUUCUGAGGUCGAGAGCCGAAACCGCCUUAAGUUGCUCCUGCCUUUCCUCGAGGCUACUCUUGCCACUGGCAACCAGCAGCAGGCUGUCUACAACGCACUCGCAAAGAUCUACAUCGACAGCAACAACGAUCCCGAGAAGUUCCUCAAGGAGAACGACCAGUACGACACCCUCAUUGUCGGAAAGUACUGCGAGAAGCGUGAUCCCAACUUGGCCUACAUUGCCUAUAGCAAGGGUCAGAAUGACUUGGAGCUCAUCAGCAUCACCAAUGAAAACUCUAUGUACCGUGCCCAGGCUCGUUACCUCGUUGAGCGUGCCGAUCCCGAGAUUUGGACCUUUGUCCUGAGCGAGAACAACGAGGGCCGCCGUUCCCUUGUUGACCAGGUCAUCGCCACUGCGGUUCCCGAGUCCACGGAACCCGAGAAGGUGUCUGUUGCUGUCAAGUCGUUCCUCGAGGCUGAUUUGCCCGGUGAGCUGAUCGAGCUGCUUGAGAAGAUCAUUCUGGAGCCCUCGCCUUUCAGCGACAACACUAGCUUGCAGAACCUUCUGAUGUUGACUGCCGCCAAGGCCGACAAGAGCCGCUUGAUGGAUUACAUUCAUCAGCUCAAUGAAUUCUCUGCCGAUGAGAUCGCUGAGAUGUGUAUUAACGUUGGUCUGUACGAGGAGGCCUUUGAGAUCUACAAGAAGGUCAACAACCACUUGGCCGCCGUCAACGUGCUUGUGGAGAACAUUGUCAGCAUUGACCGUGCUCAAGAGUACGCCGAGCGCGUUGAGCUGUCUGAAGUUUGGAGCAAGGUUGCCAAGGCCCAGCUCGAUGGUCUUCGCGUGACCGACUCAAUUGAGUCUUACAUUCGCGCAGAGGAUCCCUCUAACUACCACGAGGUGAUCGAGACCGCAACCCAUGCUGGAAAGGACGAGGAUCUCGUUAAAUUCCUUCGCAUGGCUCGCAAGACAUUGCGUGAGCCUGCCAUUGAUACUGGUCUUGCUUUCUGCUUUGCCCGUUUGGAUCAGCUCGCUGAACUCGAGGAGUUCCUCCGCAGCACCAACGUUGCUGACAUCGAAGCUUCCGGUGACAAGGCUUACGCAGAAGGCUUCCACCACGCUGCUAAGAUCUUCUUCACCAGCAUCUCCAACUGGGCCAAGUUGGCCACUACCUUGGUUCACCUGGAAGACUACCAGGCUGCAGUUGAGUGUGCCCGCAAGGCCAACAGUGUGAAGGUCUGGAAACAGGUCAACGAGGCCUGUGUCAACAAGAAGGAAUUCCGUCUUGCCCAGAUUUGUGGUCUCAACCUCAUUGUCCACGCAGAAGAACUGCAGAGCCUUGUUCGCCAGUACGAGCGUAAUGGCUACUUCGAUGAGCUGAUUGCUGUCUUGGAGGCAGGCCUUGGUCUUGAGCGUGCUCACAUGGGCAUGUUCACUGAGCUUGGUAUUGCUCUGUCCAAGUACCACCCCGAUCAAGUUAUGGAACACCUGAAGCUCUUCUGGUCCCGCAUCAACAUCCCCAAGAUGAUUCGGGCCUCUGAGGAGGCCAACCUCUGGCCUGAGCUGGUCUUCCUGUACUGCCACUAUGAUGAGUGGGACAACGCUGCUCUCGCCAUGAUGGAGCGCGCAGCCGAUGCCUGGGAGCACCACUCGUUCAAGGAUAUUGUCGUCAAGGUUGCCAACUUGGAGAUUUACUACCGGUCGCUGAACUUCUACCUCCAGGAGCAACCCCUCCUGCUCACUGACCUGCUCCAGGUCCUGACCCCUCGCAUCGACGUCAACCGCGUUGUUCGCAUUUUCCAGGGCUCUGAUAACAUCCCCUUGAUCAAGCCUUUCCUGCUUAACGUUCAAUCUCAAAACAAGCGUGCUGUCAAUGACGCUAUUAACGAGAUUCUGAUCGAGGAGGAGGACUACAAGCUGCUCAAGGACUCCGUUGAUCAAAACGACAACUUCGAUGCUGUGGCUCUCGCUCAGCGCCUCGAGAAGCACGACCUCAUUUUCUUCCGCCAGAUUGCGGCCAACAUCUACCGCAACAACAAGCGCUGGGAGAAGUCCAUUGCGCUCUCCAAGCAGGAUAAGCUUUACAAGGAUGCCAUUGAAACCGCCGCCAUCUCCGCCAAGCCUGAGGUUGUGGAGGAGCUUCUUCGUUACUUCGUCGAUAUUGGCAGCCGUGAGUGCUACGUCGGCAUGCUCUACGCUUGCUACGAUCUCAUCCGCCCCGAUGUCAUUAUGGAGAUCUCAUGGCGCAAGGGUCUUCACGACUUCACCAUGCCAUACAUGAUCAACUUCCUCUGCGAGCAGACUCGGUCGAUUGAGAUGCUCAAGAAGGACAACGAGGAGCGCAAGAAGCGCGAGCAGACGACCCGCACAGAUGAUGACAACACUCCCAUCCUGCAGGGCUCGCGGCUCAUGCUCACCCAGGGUCCCCAGUCUAACGGUGCCGGUCUCACUCCCCAGGCAACUGGAUACCGCGGAUUCUAG